AGAAACCUCAAAAACUCAAAGUGAGAAGAAGAAUCAAAAUCCCACACAAUGGCAACACUCUCUUCUUUCACCGCAACAACACCUCUCCUUCUCAUCGUUCUUCUAUCUCUAUUCUCCGUCUCAGUUCACGGCGCAUCUCACCACCACGCGGCGGCGCCGGCUCCGUCUGUAGACUGUUCGACUCUCAUUCUCAACAUGGCUGACUGUUUGUCCUUUGUUUCGAGCGGAGGCACGGUGGCGAAACCGGAAGGUACUUGUUGUUCUGGUCUUAAGACGGUGCUUAAAACUGACGCUGAGUGUCUCUGUGAAGCGUUUAAGAGCAGUGCUUCUCUUGGAGUUACUUUGAAUAUCACUAAGGCUUCUACUCUUCCCGCCGCAUGCAAGCUUCACGCUCCUUCUAUCGCUAAUUGUGGAUUGUCUGUUGCUCCAAGUACUGCUCCAGGUCUUGCUCCAGGAGGAGCUGCUGCUGGACCUGAAACAGCCGGAGUUCUAGCUCCAAACCCAUCUCCAGGGAAUGAUGGAUCUUCUUUGAUUCCGAUCUCGAUUACAACCGUAUUCAGCGCCGUAUUGGCUUUCUAUGCUUCGCUGAUCAGGAUGCCGAUGGGACGGUUUCUAUCUCUGGUCCGAGGAGACUCGGCUGAGUCACCUCGUGAGAUUACCUCACAGAGUAACAUCAUCGGCGAUACUGGUUCUAAUGGUUGGCUUAUUAGGUUUUUCGAUUCUGCUUUCUUCUGUGAGUGGAUUGCUGUUAGUUAUCUGUACAAGCACCCACAUGCUGGUGUUAGGGACUACUUAUGCAAUAGGAUGUAUACGCUUCCCUUAUCAGGUAUUGAGAGUUAUCUGUUCCAGAUUUGCUACAUGAUGGUGCACAAACCAAGCCCAUCUCUUGAUAAGUUUGUAAUAGACAUCUGUGGAAAGUCACUGAAAAUCGCACUGAAAGUGCAUUGGUUUUUGUUGGCUGAGCUGGAGGAUUCUGACGAUAAUGAAGGCAUCAGCAGGAUUCAAGAGAAGUGUCAAAUUGCAGCUACUUUGAUGGGUGAGUGGUCUCCUCUCAUGCGUCCACAGAACGAGGUCUCAACCCCAGGGAGCAAGAAUCAGGUCCUAAAUAGACUUUUGUCAUCAAAACAGAAGCUCUUCUCAUUAAAGUUAUCUCCUCCCACCCAGAAGUCUUUGUCAUUCUCACCUUCGCCAGGGACCAACGUGCAGGAUGAUGGUAGUCAGUUACCUGCUGAGGAUAAUAAGAUUUUUAAGAAACUUAUCCCAAGUCCUAAAGUCAGAGAUGCUUUAAUGUUUAGAAAGUCAGUUGACAAAGAUGAUGAAGAGAGUGAAAAGGAAGGAUUCUUCAAGAGGCUCUUGAGGGACAGCAAAGUGUCUGCCGAUAGGAAAUCUGGUGAAGAGGAUGAAAGGGAGGGGUUUUUCAAAAAAUUCUUUAAGGAAAAAUCUGAUGACAAGAAAGACAUUGUCAAGGUUGAUGACGGGAAUGAAAGUGAGGGUGAUGAAUCUCCAGAAUUUUCUCUGUUCAAAAGAUUAUUCCGUAUACAUCCUGAAGAUGCAAAACCUACUUCAGAAAAUGAAAAUAGCGGCAAUGGCUUAGUUGAAAGCAGUCCUGGGACAGAAAACUUUUUCCGCAAGUUGUUCAGAGAUCGUGACCAAUCUGUUGAAGAUUCUGAACUGUUUGGAUCAAAGAAACACAAGGAGAAACGGCCAGGCUCCCCUAAACAGCGGGAUGAUACUCCAUCUGGUAAGCCCCCGCUACCAAACAAUACUGCAUCACAAUUCAGGAAAGGGGCUUACCACGAGUCGUUGGAGUUUGUACAAGCGUUAUGUGAAACAUCGUAUGGUUUAGUAGAUAUCUUUCCCAUUGAAGAUCGGAAGAUUGCUCUUCGGGAGUCUCUUGCAGAGAUCAAUUUUCAUUUAUCGGAAGCUGAAAUCACUGGAGGAAUUUGUUUUCCGAUGGGGAGAGGAGUUUAUCGUGUGGUCCAUAUUCCUGAAGACGAAUGCAUUCUUUUGAAUUCUAGGGAAAAGGCACCAUACAUGAUCUCCGUAGAAGUUUUGAAAGCGGAAACACCCAGCAGUGCUAAAGAUACAUCGAACUCCCAGAAGCUUUCUAAAGGGGGAAUUCCAUUGGCAAACGGGGACGCAUUCUUGCAAAAGCCACCUCCAUGGGCUUAUCCACUAUGGACUACUCAGGAGGUUUAUCGCAACAGUGCUGACCGAAUGUCGUUAUCCACUGCUCAAGCAAUUGAUCAGGCAAUGACUCCUAAGUCAGAGGUGAAGGUGAAACUUGUCAAUGUAAGUCUCUCAGUGGAGAAUUGUACUUCAGCUCUUGAAUCAUUGGGCAAUCCACUUGAUGAUGUUCUGGGGGAGGCCCCAAGGACUGGGUUGAACACUGAUCUUGAAUGGGUAAGGGUGGUCGUAACGGCUGACCCAGGACUUAGAAUGGAAAGCAUUCCUGAUCCAUCAGCCCCACGUAAAAAGGAACAUCGUCGUGUUCCAAGUACUGUUGCCAUGGAGGAAGUAAGGGCUGCUGCAGCGAAGGGAGAGGCACCUCCAGGCCUUCCUCUCAAAGGGGCUGGUCAGGAUUCGUCGGAUGCACAACCAAGGGCCAACGGUGGAAUGCUUAAGGAAGGUGAUGCCUUAUCAGGUGAACUUUGGGAGGGAAAGCGAGACAGAAUACGUAAAGCUUCAAUAUAUGGAAAGUUACCUGGUUGGGACCUGCGUUCUAUCAUUGUGAAGAGCGGUGACGACUGUAGGCAGGAACAUCUUGCUGUGCAACUCAUUUCUCACUUUUAUGAUAUAUUCCAGGAAGCCGGUCUACCUCUCUGGUUACGUCCUUAUGAAGUCUUGGUUACAUCUUCUUAUACUGCCCUUAUAGAAACAAUUCCAGAUACGGCUUCUAUUCAUUCUAUCAAAAGUAGAUAUCCCAACAUAACGAGCCUACGUGAUUUCUUUGUUGCAAAGUAUAAAGAAAACUCUCCAAGUUUUAAGCUCGCCCAGAGGAAUUUCGUUGAAAGUAUGGCCGGAUAUUCUUUGGUCUGUUACCUUCUGCAGGUAAAAGAUCGUCAUAAUGGAAAUCUUCUCUUGGAUGAAGAGGGUCACAUUAUACACAUUGAUUUCGGUUUUAUGCUUUCGAAUUCUCCUGGUGGCGUAAACUUUGAGAGUGCCCCGUUUAAGUUAACCCGUGAACUUCUUGAGGUCAUGGACUCUGAUGCUGAUGGGGUUCCAAGUGAGUUCUUUGACUAUUUCAAGGUGCUAUGCAUUCAAGGAUUCCUUACAUGUAGAAAGCAUGCGGAACGGAUUAUUCUCUUAGUUGAAAUGUUACAGGAUUCGGGUUUCCCUUGCUUCAAAGGUGGUCCACGAACCAUUCAAAACCUAAGAAAACGAUUUCAUCUAAGUUUAACUGAGGAGCAAUGUGUCUCUUUGGUCCUCUCUCUCAUCAGCAGUAGCUUAGAUGCUUGGCGGACACGACAAUAUGAUUACUACCAACGGGUCUUAAAUGGAAUAUUGUGAUGUUUCAAAGAACCAACCUAGUAAGGGUAAAAACUCACAACAUACAUUGGUAUGUUGGGUUAGCUCAUAAAACAAUACGUUUUUG